CGGAGGGCUCCUCUAGCCGCCCGGCUCGCUGGUGGCUCCGGCGCUGGCGGGGCGGAGGGCUCCUCUAGCCGCCCGGCUCGCUGGUGGCUCCGGCGCUGGCGGGGCGGAGGGCUCCUCUAGCCGCCCGGCUCGCUGGUGGCGCGGUUUCCGGAGCUGGCGCGUUGAAAAUUAUGGAUGAUAAGCUUAAUCCUGAAACCCAAAAUGAGAAUUCAGAAGUUCUCUUCUCCUUUGGAGUCAUAGCAGAUAUUCAAUAUGCUGAUUUAGAAGAUGGCUAUAAUUUCUACAGAAACAGACGGAGAUACUACAGACAGAGUCUUCUUCACUUACAGAGUGCUAUUGACCACUGGAAUAAAGAAAGCAGCACACCAUGUUGUGUACUUCAGCUUGGCGACAUCAUUGAUGGAUAUAAUGCACAGUUUAAUGCAUCAGAAAGCUCAUUAGAACUCGUUAUGAACACAUUCCAAACGCUGAAAGUUCCUGUUCACCACACGUGGGGAAAUCAUGAAUUCUAUAACUUUAGCAGAGACUAUUUAACAAACUCUAAACUUAACACAAAGUUUCUAGAAGACCACAUUGAACAACAUCCUGAGACUGUGCCCUCAGAAAAUUAUUAUGCUUAUCAUUUUGUACCAUUCCCAAAAUUCCGGUUCAUUUUACUUGAUAGUUAUGACUUAAGUAUUCUGGGUGUGGAGCCAUCUUCUCCAAAGUAUCAGCAAUGUCUGAAGAUACUGAAGGAGCACAACCCAAAUACAGAAUUGAAUAGUCCUCAAGGACUUACUGAGACCCAGUUUGUCCAGUUCAAUGGUGGAUUCAGCCAAGAGCAGCUUAAGUGGUUGAAUGACGUUCUUACGUUCUCUGACACAAAUCAAGAAAAGGUAGUCAUUGUCAGCCACAUUCCCAUUUAUCCAGAGGCCUCCGAUACCGUGUGCCUGGCCUGGAAUUACAGAGAUGCCCUAGAAGUGAUUCAGUCUCACACAUCCGUGGUGUGUGUUUUUGCGGGUCAUACUCAUGAUGGUGGCUACUCUGUGGAUCCUUGUGGUGUGCACCAUGUCGACUUAGAAGGGGUUAUUGAAACAGCUCCAGACAGCCAGGCUUUUGGUACAGUCUAUGUUUAUUCUGACAAAAUGAUAUUAAAAGGGAAAGGCAGGGUUCCAGACAGAAUUAUGAAUUAUAAGAAGGAAAAUGGUCCUGAUUUCAUUGUUAACUAAUCUUUUUUAUAUAGCAAAAUGUAUUUUUGGUCACCGUGAAUUAGCUCAUAAAAUAUUCUGAAAUGACAUUUUUUGAUAAUGUAUCCAGUGCCGAAUAUUAGAAGCAAAAUGACUGAAAGUGGCAUGAAUAAAUCAGCAGGGAAGGGAAGCUGUGAGGUGGGACAGGGACCAGUCUUCAAAAUUAAAAAUGUUCUUUUAA